GCUUUCGUGGCGCGGAGAACCGAGCUGUUGAAUCCAGUCGUCCUUGUGGACUGUCCUAAGUGGAGAGCAAGCAAAGGCAGGGAAUUAGUUCAGAAUGACUUCCAAGUGCCCCAGAUGCGAAAAACCCGUGUUUUUUGCUGAGAAAGUCAGCUCCUUGGGGAAGAACUGGCACCGAUUCUGCCUGAAAUGUGAACGCUGUAACAAGACCCUGUCGCCGGGCGGACAUGCGGAGCAUGAUGGAAUGCCCUAUUGUCACAAGCCCUGCUACGGGACCCUAUUUGGACCCAAAGGUGUCAAUAUCGGAGGGGCGGGCUCCUACAUCUACGACACCCCGCCCCCCACCCCGGUUAACAAAUCACUGGACAGCCCCUCAGACGGAUCCCCCACCACCCCCUGGACCCCAGCCCAGAUGACCAGACAGCAGCCAAAGGGUAACUGGGGAGUUGCCCCCACUUACGUGAAGACAUUUGCAGGAGAGACAUCGCUUUGUCCAGGGUGUGGAAAGGUGGUUUAUUUCGCUGAGAAGGUGAUGUCAUUGGGAAGAAACUGGCAUCGACCCUGCCUACGCUGUGACAGAUGUAAGAAAACACUGACCUCUGGUGGCCACGCUGAGCAUGAUGGGAGACCCUAUUGCCAUGUACCUUGCUAUGGAUACCUGUUUGGGCCAAAAGGAGUCAACAUUGGAGAAGUUGGCUGCUACGUCUAUGAUGACGACAACAAGCAAAAUGAAAUCAUAAGCCAGUCUUAACUGCCCACCUCCGAGGAUUGUGUCAUGGUAUCUGAUUGGCAUUUUUAUGCACAAAUGAGUUUACCUACAGGUGAAAACUGAUACUCUUGUUUCCUGAGAAAUAAGCUUAGUGGCUGACACGUAUAGCCCCUGCACAUGAACUUAACAACGGUGCUGUAUAUUUAUUUUUGGCAAAAUGUAUUUUUAUAUGCUUUUAAAACUGGUAGAUUCUUGUAACAGACCAUCUUAUUUAAAUGUGACCAAAUUCAAACAAUUUAUAGCACUUAAAAUUGACAUGGAUAUUGAGAUUGGGCAUUAAUGUGGCUUUCAUAUCAAUGUUUUACAAAUAUAUAUUGAAAAGGUGGGCUUUAACAAUAAAAUUAUAAUAAAUAUCAUGAAUCAAUGAAGAAUCUUGAAGAAUCCCAAUCAGUAUUUGAAUUAUCUCAGUAUAUACGUAGGUGUUACUUUAUUAAAUAAUUCCGGUUGUAAAAAAUGCAGAUAUUCCACCUCUCAAAGCUGGUUGCCAAUUCCCAUUGUAUGACGAUGAUUUAAACUUGUGAUAGCUGCACUAAUACUUGUUGUUUAGAUAUGGAUGGCAUUUUUUCACCUUUUAAAUGGAUUAGAUUUUUUAUUCAACUCUAUUUGCAUGUGUCUGUGCAAGUGUGAUCUUUCAUAUAUACGUAUUUAUGCAUAACCUUAAUGGAUCACUUUGUAUUGAGCGUUGUCACUGACUGUCAAGUACAAGUAUAAAGUUUUGUUCUAGUU